AUGUCUAAAAGACCCAGUCAAGAAGUGGUCAUCGUCGGGAUCGACGCAGAUGUGAAGAUUGGACUUGAACUUCGAUCCGGUGUACUAGGAAAGUGUUAUUAUUCAACGGAGCGCACGUUGGAUUACAGAGCACCGUCUACCGUGAUGGAGAGGCUUGAUUGCACGGAAAAGAAAGUGUCUGGCUACUUUUGGCCAGGAGUGGCUACAGAAAAUCGUCUUCGCUUCCUUGGUUAUAUAAUAAGGAGACCAGCAGAUCACCUUGUUCAACGAGUUCUGAUGAGCUUGUCGGGUUCAAACUGGAAGAGACCACCAGGCCAAAAACGGAAGUUCUGGGCUGGGGUGGUGGAGAAGGACCUGGGGACACUCGGCGUGUAUAAGCUGUGCAGGCAAGACGUAAAAUUUCGCAUUAUAUGCGAUAUCGAUGAAUGGAUUGAUUUUGUGCAAGCUCCCGCAGAAGAUCGAGAAGGUUAG